UUGUAACACUAUUAGCCUGUGAUUUUAUAUAAGACCUCAAAUGUAGCAGUGUUUCAUUUCCAUAUAUUCACUGAUGUUCCUUGCUUGACAAUGGUAUUAGUCACUGUUAGGACUCUGUGCUUCUGCUUAUUCCCAGGGUUUGAUGGAGAUCUGGUCGAAUGACAGCGGGAACUGUUGUCAUAACUGGAGGAAUACUCGCAACGGUGAUACUGCUGUGUAUCAUUGUAGUGCUCUGCUACUGCCGACUCCAGUAUUACUGCUGUAAGCAGAAUGGAUCUGACCCAGACUCCCCUUCUUACUCUGAGGCCCAGUUCUCCUGUGAUGUCUGCAGACCUCAAGGUAUGGAUGGGUCCAGUGUCUCUCCCCUGUCUAUGUCUCCUGAAGUGGCCCACAGCUCCUGCCCCACCUGCUCCUCCUUCUACAGCAACUCCUUCUACCUCCACAACAGGGACGAGACACGCAACGGGGCUGAGCGCAUUGCCUACAUGCUGCCCUCCACACACAGCACCUCGCUGAGCUCACACACUUUCCCCGACUUCUACUGCAACACACACGCCAUCAGCACUGACGUCUGAGCAGUGGUGAAUGACAUGAGGUGAGCUGUUCCAGAUGACAGCUGUGGCACAUG